AGGGGAUGGUUGUUUUUUUUUUUUUUUGCAACUAGCCGGGGGCCGCCCCCUUUAAGUCCGCCCCCCCCCCCAUCCCAAGAGCUUUUCCAACUUUCCAGAAGUUUCUGCGGCCCGGGGCGGGGGCCUCUUAUAUAGGGCUGGCGCGGGGGCAGAGCGCUCGGAGAGACAGUCCCGGGACGGAGCUGAGCAGAUCCCAGCCCUGAGCGGCGCGGGGGAGGGCCCCUCAUCUUUGCCCCCCUAAGUCCAGAAUGAAAAAAGCAAGCACUGACCUCCCUCUGAGAGAGUUUCAAGGUUCUUAGCAGCUCGAAGCAAGGCCUCGGUCCACCUACAGCCAUGUGGCCAACACAGCUCAUUAGCAUGCUCUGCCUCCUGGCAGUGGCCAGGGCAGCUGAGGUCAAGAAGCCAGCCGCAGGGAAGGCAGGGGAGGUGAAGCUGAGUGAGAAGGCGACCACCUUGGCCGAGCGGAGUGCCAACCUGGCCUUCAACCUCUACCACGCCAUGGCCCAGGACAAGGGGGUGGAGAACAUCUUGCUGUCCCCUGUGGUCGUGGCUUCAUCCCUGGGACUGGUGUCCCUGGGUGGGAAGGCGACCACAGCUUCUCAGGCCAAGGCAGUGCUGAGCGCCGACAAGCUCCGUGACGAUGAUGUGCACACAGGCCUGGCAGAGCUGCUCGCCUCCGUCAGCAACUCCACAGCCCGCAAUGUGACGUGGAAGCUGGGCAACCGCCUCUAUGGGCCCAGCUCGGUCAGCUUUGCGGACGACUUUGUCCAGAGCAGCAAGAAACACUACAAUUACGAGCACUCCAAGAUCAACUUCCGGGACAAGCGGAGUGCACUGCAGUCCAUCAAUGAGUGGGCCUCCCAGACCACGGACGGCAAGCUGCCUGAGGUCACCAAGGACGUGGAGAAGACCGAUGGCGCCCUCAUUGUCAACGCCAUGUUCUUCAAGCCUCACUGGGAUGAAAAAUUCCACCAUAAGAUGGUUGACAAUCGUGGUUUCAUGGUGACCCGCUCCUACACAGUUGGAGUGCCCAUGAUGCACCGCACAGGUCUCUACAACUACUAUGAUGAUGAGACAGAAAAACUCCAGAUGGUUGAGAUGCCCCUGGCCCAUAAGCUCUCAAGCCUCAUCAUCAUCAUGCCCCACCAUGUGGAGCCCCUGGAGAGGCUGGAAAAACUCCUGACCAAGGAGCAGCUCAAGACCUGGCUGGGCAAGAUGAAGAAGAGAGCUGUGGCCAUCUCCUUGCCCAAGGGUGUCGUGGAGGUGACCCACGACCUCCAGAAACAUCUGGCUGGCCUGGGCCUGACAGAGGCCAUUGACAAGAACAAGGCAGACCUGUCUAGAAUGUCCGGCAAGAAAGACCUGUACCUGGCCAGCGUCUUCCAUGCCACAGCCUUCGAGUGGGACACGGACGGCAAUCCCUUCGACCAGGACAUCUAUGGGCGGGAGGAGCUGCGGAGCCCCAAGCUCUUCUAUGCUGACCACCCCUUCAUCUUCCUGGUCAAGGAUUCCCAGAGCGGCUCCCUGCUCUUCAUUGGCCGCCUGGUCCGGCCCAAGGGUGACAAGAUGCGUGAUGAGCUUUAGGCCCUUGAACAGGGGUGG